AAAAAACCAGCCACUGAAAACCCUAUGAAGCACAGCUGUACUCUGGCACACGUGAGGUCGCCCUAAGUAAGAGUCGAUUCCAUGGCAAUUGGUUGGUUGAUUGGCAUAUACUAGGCAGGGUGGUAACUGUUUUAAAAAAUUAUCCCAUUUCAUAGAUCCAACAAGUCUAUAAAUUAAGACUUGACUUCUGCAGCCUCAGAGGAGGAAACUGACGAUCAGGACGGCUAAGUAACUCACCCAAGGUCAAAGCGCGGAGGCAGUAAUGCCACACGGGUCACGGCUCCUAGAAUUAGGCGGGUCCCUUAAUGUCAGGGGCAGAGUCAGCCCCACAGUCGGCCCUGUGGCCCCCGCACGGAGUCUCCUGCGAACUGUGGCCCCUUUCGAGGGGAGGAUAAGACAACAACCGUAGAACCAGUUUCGGUCUGGCCUACUAUGCAUAUAGUAGGUGCUCCAUAAUUCCCGCUCGUCGGGCAGAAAGUGGCGGUUCGCGCGCCGGAAGUGAGACAGAAAGUGUGACCGGGUACUUCCGGCAGCGCAGGCGCAGCCUAGGCAGCCGAGUCGGACACCGUUCGCGGACUGAGUGGCAGUGGUGUGGGAGCAGUUGUGGACUCAUCCUGCGUUUAUGGAGCGCUUGCUGCACACUUGUGCCCGCGUGCAGAGAGGAGUCAACGGGUACUUCAAGCUAGCGUGCAUGUCCCUUCAGAGGUUCCACACGGCUGUGAGUUGUCCCAAGGGCCGGACGGGCGCCGAGCACCUGUGGCUAAUGCGGCACUUGAAGGACCCGUUUGUGAAGGCAGCAAAGGUGGAGAGUUACCGGUGCCGGAGUGCCUUCAAGCUCCUGGAGAUGAAUGAGAGGCACCAGAUACUGCGGCCCGGGCUUCGGGUGCUGGACUGUGGAGCAGCGCCUGGGGCCUGGAGUCAGGUGGCCGUGCACAGUGUCAAUGCUGCAGGCACAGAUCCCAGCUCUCCUAUCGGCUUUGUGCUUGGAGUAGAUCUUCUUCACAUAUUCCCCCUGGAAGGAGCCACUUUUUUGUGCCCUGCUGAUGUGACUGACCUGAGAACCUUCCAGAGAAUCCGAGAACUGCUUCCUGGACACAGGGCAGAUGUGAUUCUGAGUGACAUGGCCCCCAACGCCACGGGAAUCUCGGCCCUCGAUCACGACAGGCUCAUCAGCCUCUGCUGGUCCCUUCUGGACUUGGCACCACACAUCUUGCACCCGGGGGGGACAUUCCUGUGUAAAAUCUGGGCUGGAAGUCAAAGCCAUCGACUGCAGAAGAGACUGACACAGGAAUUCCAGAGCACAAGGACUAUAAAACCCAGCGCCAGCAGGAAAGAAUCAUCAGAGGUGUACCUCUUGGCCACACAGUACUGGAGAGGGAAAGGGUCUGCGGAGGAAUGAGAGUCCUGCCUGUCAGUUUCCUCCUGGUGGCUCCGACUCAUGGUGACCCACACACGUGUGUCAGAGUAGAACUGUGCUCCAUACGGUUUUCAGUGGCUGGUUUUUCAGAAGUAAAUUGUCUGGGUGCACUUGAACCUCCAACCUUUCGGUUAGCAGCUGAGCAUGUCCACCAUUUGCACCAUCCAGGCACUCCCUCAUAGUGGUUAGAUCCUUUUAAAUAGCAAAUGUAGCCAAGAGCUGCUGGGAGAGUGGAGAUGUUGUCUGGGAGGUACAGCAGGACAAGUGGGAACCCUUUUUUAAACCAAAAAGAGAUGGCACAACUAUAUUCAAUGGCCACGGUAUAUGAUAAAAAACAGCCUUCUGGGUCAUAAUUUGUGAAGAUAAAGUUAUGAGCAAAAGAUAGGGGAAGAGAGAAGGGUAAAAAGAGACUGACUGAGGGAAAGAUAAAAAAGAAUAUACUGAGGCAGAGAUACCUCCAUGUAGCUUCACUGCCUUACAGACUUAGCAUCCUACAGGGAAGCAGGUUUCCACCCUUGGUCUAAAGAUAACAAUGCACAGGUUGUUAUCUUGGCUACAUAGUGUAAUGCAGAAAAAUCAGAUAUUUCAACCUGGGGAUGAAUUUCCUUCUCUCUGGUGGAUAAUCUGAGAAUGCAUCCAUUCUUCACGCAGAACGAGUUCCCAGAGCAAUUAGGGAAGACAUUUGGUAUGUAUUUAUGCACGGGGUGGGUAUGCCUUGACUUCUGUUGGAAAUCUAUAUUGCUGUAAUCCUGCAGGCUCCAAAGA